AUCGUGCAAUCGAACAAAAGAGGUUUGAAUAUAGAAUUUUUUGUCGCGCCAGGCGGUUUGGUGGCCGCGGCCGACGAGCUCUGGUGGCGCUGAGAGUGCGGCAAGGAAAUCUGCCAAGUGCGUGAUCCGGGCGCAGGGAGGAGCAAGAGGUAGGACAGGCGGACAGCCCAGGAGCCAAAAGACGACUCGAGGCGAGGCGAGGCCAGACGGAGCGACGAGCCUUAUGAGUUGAGAGAGGCCGAUGAUCGUCGUGGCUGUGAUUUGAAUGUGCCGUGAAUAAUGAAGAUCCCCGAGCGUAAUUGGGUUGUUCCCGAUAGGUACUCCGCCCCUCCAUCCCGUGUCGCAUUUCGCACCGCGGUUCCAAUUUUUCUCCCGGAGCAUGGAGGCUGGUCUCGCGUUGCAUGCUCUCUGCGUGACGCACAGCUGGUGUUCCCGCUAGCCGGCUGUCUUUGGUCGGACAUUGUCUGUAGGAGAAUUGCGCAAUCGUCGUAGUUUGUGUCUAGUGAAUCGUUAUCGUUUCGUUUCAGAUCCGAUCAGGAAGUACACCUCAGGACAUCCUGCAGAGUUUUCUGGCCACUUUAUGUUGCUCUGGCGAAGUCCACCUCUUUUUCCUCGCCAUUAUGAGCCAAAGAUUUCGCGGCGGUAAUGGAGCUCUGAGAGUUGUGAGUGCAUUUCCAGGCUAGUCGGCCAGCGUAAUAGGCAGCAAAUGCUCGUAGACAGGGUGUGGCCCGCCGGCGUUUCCGUACAAGCACCUCUACUUUUGUCUGGAGCUGUAGAUGAACAAAAAUCGGGUAGAGGUAGCAAUCGGGUGGCAUUGUCUUGGCAGUAAUCUUUCCGAUUUGCCUUGCUCGUGCUCAAUCUAGAUCUUAGGCACUGUGUUUGAAUCCACUCUCCCGAGAUUUGUGUAGCGCUACUUUCUCAAACUGAUUUCUGCAAUUUUGUAGGGUUUCAAUUUCAAGCUUCCAUACUCCUCAGUCGUGCGGGUGUCGUAGCCUGACGUCCUCUGUAGCCUCAUUGUCCCCCACUUUGUUCCUGAUUGUUUCACAGAUCCAAGUCCACAUUAAUUUGAGCUGGUAUAGUAGAUUAUCAAAAUUCUCGUCUUUUUUUUACAUUUCGUGAAUUAUGUGAACAUCGUACAACUUCCGCUCAGCCAAGCCCGUCGUACCAAGCGUAGAUCCUGAGUCGAUGUCAUAGGAAUUGUACAUUGCCUUGAACUGUUUAAUUUACUGGAACAGAGCAGCAUUCAAGUCGAUGCUGCCAGCGUUUUGGCGGCAGGACGUCUCUACGCUGAAGCUCGGAAUUGGUAUCAGCACCACAGGUGUGACUUCUUCUCCCGCGGGACAGAAAGCUUUGCACGAGGACGUGCAUCAUGGUUCUCGGGCUGGGAUCCAAAAAGAAAGGGCAGCCCGUGAAGCUUGAGUUUCUAAUAUUGAUCCACGAGAUCAAGCCUUGGAAACCAGUUCAAAGCGCGAAGACUCCGUUGGUCCUGCAGUGGCAAAGGGGCGAUAAACGCUCCGGUAAAUCCAAGAUCGUGGUUCCCGAUGAAGACGGAAGAAUUGUGUUCAAUGAGUCGUUUAAGCUUCCAGCGAAACUGGUUCGCGAACCUGAAGGAAAGGGCAAGAAUGCUGGUGUUGUCAAAUUUCAAAAAAAGACCGUUGUAUUCAACCUGCUCGAAGCAACAACGGAUCGACAAUUGGCGCGAUGUAUCGUAGAUCUGGGGGAGUUCGGUGAUGCUGAUACUGCGGUCGAAGCCAAUUCGCCACUGUCGACGGGGAAGAAGGUCGUUUCAGGGGGAUCGCCAAGUCUGUUUUUCAAAAUUGGCCUGCAUGGCAAGAAAGAAGAACCCAGGACGUCGAUUUCAGCUCGCGUUAGUUUCGGCUCCAAGGCCGCUGCCACUGCCCCUGCCCCAGCCCCGGCGAAAGCCCCUGCAGUGAGUAGUAAAGCAGCCGUAGAGCCAGCUCUUGACGAAGAAACCAGGAAGUCCCUUGUAGCUGCACUAAUGAGUGACGAGGACGACGACAACGAUUCCAUCGCCUCUUUCACUGACGACGAGGAGGAUGGCACUUCGGAAUCUGCACCGAAGGCAAGGGCCUCGACGUCCAAAUCCGAUGUAAGUGGAUCUGCUGCAAAAGCUCCCUCACCUGUAUCUCACCCCUCACCAGCGAGGCCUGAAGUAUCGAAGGUUUCUGCACCGCCAUCACAUCCCCCUCCGAGUCCCAGACGAGAUCCACCGAAGGUGUCUGCAGCCCCUUCGCAUCCCCCGUUGAGUCCUAGACCCGAAAGAGUAUCCACGCCACCCUCACAUCCCCCGCCUCCAAGACCAGACGCAUCCAAAGUGUCUGGACCACCAUCACAUCCCCCACCUGCAAGACCAGACGCGUCGAGAGCAUCCGCUCCACCAUCACACCCUCCACCUACUAGACCGGAGACUCCUAAAGCUUCUCCACCUAAAUCAGUCGCCCAGUCUGCGAAACCUGAUGUGCCCAAAUCUCCUCCACCCACAUCCAUUCCCUCACCUGCCAGAGGAGACGCAUCGAAGUCAUCUCAAAGCACUCCACCCAAGCGCGAUCCAGGAGAAGCACUUCGAAGUUCAGCAAGUCCAGUUGAGAAACGUGCGGAUGCUUCCCGUGCCACUGGCCUUUUCUCGUCAGGAAAUAGGAGUCCGGCCUCCUCGGUGGACUCUUCGAAUAAUGGACCCAAAGUGUCGAAAGGUUCAUCGGCUGCAGCUGAGACCGGAACUAAUGCGAGCAGAGUCAACAAGAGUACAAAGCUCUCAGCAGAGGAACAAGAAGAGGAACUGCGUGCUUCACUUUUCUCGUCCGACGCCGAUUCUCGAUCGAGUAAAAGUAGUAAAAGCUCAGUCAAUGCUCCUGAACCUGCUCGUGCUCCUCUUGGCCUCUUCUCAUCGGGUACCACCAAUGCAGCGGGAAGAGGAGGCAGAAGCUCACCCACUCCGUCAGAAGGAUCUCGCAGCCCUCUUGUCUCCAAGGACAGCAGUCGAGGCAGUUCGCCUUCAGACACGAAGGCAGCCAGUGAAGUAGCAGGCAGUGACAUUGCAAAAGCGUCAAAAAGUGAAGUCCCCGCGGAGAAAGAUCGAACGCAGAAAAGUUCUAUCCCUUUGCCACCGGCCUCUGCCAAGGCUGCGGCUGCUGCGGCGGCUACUGCUUAUGCUGCCAAGAACUCUUACAGAACCAGAGGGAAGUCAUAUGAUUUUACCUUCGAUAGUGGCUCCUCUGAGGAUUCUUUAUCUCCUAACUCGAAUGGUGCAAGGUCCCCCAUACAAUCACCCCUUCUCAGUGCACAGUCAGGGACCUUGCAUUCCAGAAGCCCGUCCUAUUCCAGAACUCAGAAGACAGUGUUGCCUCAGGGUCCAGAAGUAUCCAUGGAUGCCAAGCAACCCGUCAGUCAAAAGGAAGAAAAACGGGAGGAGAGCAAGAGCAUUCCCAGCAAAGAAGAAGGUAGAAAGAGUUAUGAUCGCAGAGAUGAGAAACCAGAAACCAGAAGAUCUGUUGAUCUUCGCAGGGACGACAUCGGUCCAGUGAAGUCCAUUCCCCCGAAAAGAGAUGAGUUCAUGAAUGACGAUGAUGGAGAGGCAGUUAGUGUUCUGGGGUCAGCCAAAGCAAACUUGGCACGGGUGGAAAAAAAGGCCUUGGAUGAGUUGAGGAACAAAGUUGCAAAUGCAGAGGCUAAGCUUUUGGAAGCAAAUCAAAGGGCCCAAGAGCAGGCCCGGCAGCUAAGUCAACAAGUGGAAAGAUUAGAGGGAGAGCUUCGUGAGACUGGAGCUAUGGAAGUAGCACUAUACUGCGUAGUGGCAGAGCAUGGAAACUCCUCACACAAGCUUCAUACUCCAGCUCGAAGGUUGGCAAGGCUUUACAUGCAUGCAAGCAAGCAAUGGAGCCCUGAAAGAAAGGCAGGCACUGCUAAAAACUGUGUGGCAGGACUUGUUACAGUUGCGAAGGCUUGUGGAACAGAUGUCUCGAGGUUAAGUUUCUGGUGGUCCAAUGUGGUUGCCCUAAGAGCAGUGAUUGCACAAGCCUAUGACACAGGCGGACCUGAUAAUUCACAAGUUGGAAGCACAGAUGCAACUGCGUCAACCAACAGCAAUGGGAAUGGCUCUGCAAGCUGGGCAAGAAAGUCGCUAACUUCGAGGAAGAGCUUUUCUCGACAGGACAGUAAGCUACUGAGUCCAAAGCCUUUACCCAGUGACUGGCAGCAACCUGGCACUUUUAUAACCGCUCUUGAGAAGAUUGAAGGCUGGAUAUACACCAAGAUUAUUGAAAGUCUUUGGUGGCAGGCAAUGAUUCCUCGAAUGCAAAAGGGCGUCGACCCGAGUGCCCCAACAAGCCCAAGGGGACUUUCUAUUCUAUCGCCUGCUGCCUUGGCGGAGUUCACAAAUAAAGCUAAGGAGGAUUUUAACAAAAUGGCUGGUGACGUGACGGGCAUGUUCGUCAAGAAACACGAUAGAACUGCUUCAGUCAGCCUACCAGAGCUUGGAGAUGCACGCCAAGGAAACGUGUCGGUGGAGAUUUGGAAAAAGGCAAUGAAGGAUGCUCUCUGUAGGUUGUGUCCUGUUCGUGGGGCUGGCCAUGAGUGUGGAUGCCUGCCGAUGCUCAUAAAGACGGCGAUUGAAGGCUGCUGUGCAAGGUUAGACGUCGCCUUGUUUAAUGCCAUAUUGCGGGAUGAAGGGGACGAUGUACCCACAGAUCCAAUAUCUGAUCCAGUUAGUGAUCCGAGUGUUCUCCCAAUAUCACCUGGUGGAUUGAGCUUCGGAGGCGGCUCGCAGCUGAAGAACGUGGUGGUAACCUGGUCCACCUUCAUACAUGGCCUUGUUAGUCUGAAGGAGCCUACAUUUGCACCGGAAGCCGAGAAUGGGGACAGCAGCCCAGAGAUGGAUGACCCUGAGAAAUUACCGAAGUUGUUCAAUCUUAUCAAGGCAACAGGAGAUUUGCUGAUGCUUCCAAAAGAUUUUCUCACGGAUAGAGCUUUCAGAAAAGAGAUUUGUCCAAUGCUGAGUCUUCACCUUGUCAGGAGAAUCCUCGUAAACUUCGUCCCUGAUGAGUUUGCUCCAGAUCCCAUCUCACCUUCACUUCUUGCUGCCCUCAAUGCCGAGGCAGCUAUAGAAAGGCAAAGAAAUGGUGAGGCGGAUGAGUCAUCUGUAGCCAUGGCUACAGCACCUCCCGUUGUGUAUCCAGUACCUUCUGCCUUCUACGUGUGGUCAUGGAUUGGUGAAGCAAACAGCAAUGCAGCUACUUGGGGUCGAAGCAGUAAUUCUUUGCUACGGAAAGGAUACACAAGUGAUGAAGAUCUUGAAGUUAUGGAACAACUACAGGAGAACAAUGCAAGUUCCAAACUGGAUGUCAUAUUAGGAUCAUCAAGGCCGAGCAGUGUAUCUACCUCAAACGGGGAGCAUUCUGAAGGGAUCAUGAAGAGUCGCCAGUCUUUUGGGGAAGAAAUUGGUGCUUCUAGGCGUUUUCAAUUGCUGAAGCCAGUUUGGGGUACUCAGUAACCCAAAAAUUUUUGAAUCGUCCCAUGUGCUUGAUUUUGUUUUAGGUCAUGUUUGUUGUCUCACUAGUUUAAGUGUGGACCCAAUUUGAAACUCGUGAAACAGAGGCAGGUUUCUGGUCUGCACUGUUUCUUCAGGGAACCAACCCUGGUCGACAACAGGGUAUAGUCAACUUCACAUUCUUUGUAAAACCUGGAGUGAACUUUGUAGAUAUGUAUACAUCUUUUAGUACAGUGAUUCAGUUUCAGGAAGUGGAUCGAGCCGGAAAUUGUUAACUGGAUGCUAUACUGAGAAUAGCAGCCUAGUCCAUAAAGUUUGCAACAAGAAGCAGACCCCAUCUAUGAUGUUCUUUAGGUAUUAUGAGUUGCAAGAAAAGCAAAUUCAUCAUCUGCGGUACUCCGCAAUGAUCUCAUAUUGAGAGUUGACCCUGAAUAUAUAGAAGGAUCCCCAUGUUCGAGAAUGCUACUCUUUUCUUUGCAUAAUCUUCCUUUCGGAGUAAUCUGCGAGCUUUUC